GGCGCGCCCACUCCGACGUCAUCGGUCGGUCGCGCGCGCGCCUGCCUCCACAGUUUCCACUUGUGUGUCGGGGUUAGCUUGGAGUUGAGUCAGAGUCGCUGGAUCCGUGGCUUCCUUCUGUCACCCGAGAGGAGCCCCACUGCUGCCCAGAUCAUGGCGGAUUUUUCGCUUGCAGAUGCUUUAGGAGAGGACACACAAGGCCAGGCCAAGAAAAUCGGACACACCAACCCGUCAGCCCCAGCCAGCAACCCUGCCAUGCCCUCCAACCCCGGGUGGCCUGGUUCUGCCCCUGGAGCGCCCACACAGCCCUCGGCUCCAAGCGGCUUCCCCGGAGGAUCCUCUGGUCCAGGAGCCCCCGGACAGUUCCCGUACACUUCUGGUCCCGGAGCACCCGGGCAGUACCCGGCGCCUGGUGGUUUCCCUCCCGGGCCGGGGAUGCCCGGCCAGUUUCCCCCGGCACCAGGGGCUCCAGGCCAGUUCCCAUCUGGCCCUGGAGCCCCUGGGCAGUUCCCAGGCCAGUACCCACCCGAGGGAGCUCCAGGACAGCUGCCAGGUGGCCCUGUUCCUUAUCCCACUGGACCAUUCCCCUCAGGCCCAGGUGCUCCAGCAGGUCCCUACUCAAAUGUGCCUUACCCAGGUUGUCCUCCUGAUGGAGGGAAUGGGAUGUACGGACCCGGUGCUCCUGGUGGUUUCCCUCCUCCAGCAGGCCCCUUUCCUGCCUACCCUGCAGGUGGCUUCCCCCCUAUACCCACUGGAUCGUGGGGCCCCCCAGCGGCCGGAGGGUUCCCCCCUGCCCCGGGCCCAUUUGGACCUGGACCCGGGCCUGUCGGACCCUACGAUGGACCAGUUGCUCCUGGAGGAAUGUUGAUGGUGCCCUUCGAUCUCCCGCUCCAUGCUGGAAUUAUGCCUCGUCUUUUGAUCACCAUCGUCGGAGAGCCGCUCCCGGGGGCCAACAGGUUUAAUGUCGACUUCAUGAAAGGCCAUGAUGUGGUCUUUCACUUCAACCCUCGAUUUCACGAGCAGACGAUCGUGCGGAACACCAACGUCGCGGGAUGCUGGGGGCCAGAGGAGCGGGAAGGAGGAUUUCCAUUUGUCCCAGGUCAACGUUUCGAGCUGAAGAUCCUGGUGGAGGAGGACGAUUUCAAGGUGGCGGUGAACGGCACGCACCUGCUGGAGUACGAGCACCGGGUGGGCGGGAUGGAUGAGGUCACCCUGGUGCGCGUGGCCGGAGACGUGGUCCUCUACAGCGCCGCGCCCAGCAUGAUCUGAGCCCGGACCCUGGCUCACCCUCCCGCUCCCUGGCUUCACCUGGAGCCUGCCAUGCACAGUCUUCAGCAAAGGGCAAAAAUCUUUGCCCGCGAGGCACUUUUUAAUUUAUCUGAACAAAUUGCACAUAAACCUCUCGUUUGAAAAGCUGUAUUCAACAUGACACAUACAUACAUACAUAUAUACAUAUAUACAUCAGGAAGUGGUUCUGAUAAACAAGCAAAAAAUGUCUCCCACAUUUCAAAUGUUGGCUGUAUUUUGUUUACAGUACUGACAUGUUUAUUAUUUGUGAUGAAGAGCCAUGGCAUGACCGCAUGUAACGCAACACCAGGAUUUCCAGAGAAAUCCUGAUCCAGAAUCCUGUUGUUUUGAGGUUUGUGUUUCCACCCGCUGCACUGACAGACUGGAGCCCCCAUCACGUCCAUGAUUUGUUCCCGCCGCCAUGACCGCUCAGCGUAGUGUCUCAUUUGUUGCCAAAGACCAGAAGUAGAGUAUUUUAGGAUGAUGUGCUUUUAAAUAAAGGUUGUGAAACAACCGUUACUAGCUGGGAACGUUGUUUUGAAUGAGCCUGUGCAGAUUGGUUUUAUCGUGUUGUGGUACGAACUCAACAAACGGGGACAAUAAAGACGGACUACCUUCUGCCUUGACCUGCUAAUGCAACAUGACAGUCUGAGCUUAGACUUGGAUGCAACAAAGAGGUCCAGUAAAACGCCAGGAGAAUGGACCUGUGAACCAGGAGUUUUGAGAGGAUGCUUUUUACUAGAAAGAAAAUACAUGUACAUGAAUAAAUGUGGCUAGAAUCAGAGGAGAAAAUAGAUGCCAGUUUUAAGUGAACUGUUAAACAACUUGGUGGUCAACAAUGGAUUCACACACUUUCUAUCGAACAAAUCAAUCACCUAAUUUGACCUCUAACUUCCAUAAUCAUUCAUAGCUGUCUGUGUAUUGCUUUAGUGAGAGAACAGAUGGGUAACUCAAUAUCGGCCUUGGGGCUGAAACUGGACCUGGAUCUUGUUAGUCUGCGGAGCCAAAUAUGAUUUCCUAUUGAUAGGCGGUUAAUUUUCCCUUUCAUAAUAACCUGUUAAUAUCCUUGGUUUCCAUUCUGCAACGUUGACACCGAUGUUUUGACGGUGCCCUCGUGUCCACGUCGGUGUCGUCCCAGCACAGGGAAAGUCCAAUUCUUGCCUUUUGUUGUGUCUAUUUUCUAUCACUUCAGUGGGUAAGGAUGCAGCAGAGCGGCUCCAGUUGGCGCUUCCUGAGGUCGGCCGGUGACAGACUGAGAAUUCUUCCAUACACCGGGCUGGUUUGAACCAAUC